CCAGCCACUCGUGGCGCACAUAUGGACGAGGAACCAUUCACACUUAUUUUGAUCAUUUUUACAAAACAACCUCAGACUUCCAGAGAAAAUUUGGCAUCAGUUUCUCAUCUACAAUGUGUGCACGAUAACUGAUUGUAUUUUAAGGGACAAAACUUUAAGUCACAGGUAUUAUAAAAUAUAGAGUUGCUCUUUAAAAUUCAACCAAUUUAUGAAGACCUAGUAAUUAUCAUCAUUUUAUUUUCUACAUGAGUACAAUAAUUUUAAAACGCAUCUGAGUCCCCACCGCCACAAUGUCCUCGGUAUUUUUCCACUUUCAAAUUCACGGAUUGUACUCCCUAAGCGGGUGGGUUUUGGCCCGCGGGCCGUAUGUUUGACACCACUGACUGAGACCCUGCAUACAUGCCACGUCCCACACACGCUGGAGUCCAGAUUCGAACCCCGAACCUCAGAACUGUGAGGCAGACGGGCUAACCGCUAGGGCUACGUGCUGCCCGUGAUAAACAAACGUGUCCUCCCUCCACCCGUCUGUCCGUCCGUUCUCCCCGUCGCCAGGCUUUCGUGGUCUUACCCGUUGACGUGUUUCUGCACAGCAGAUGGCUGUACACAUAAAUCCUAUUAACAACUUUCUGCCCAUGGAGACGCACUGAACACAGGACGCUCUCUCGCUCCUUCGUUAUCUCCUCCGGGGAGUCUGCUGUUUGCGUUUUUGUUGUUGCAUUUUCCAACGUGUACAAAGACGCCGUCAGAAGUCGCCGCAUCAUGUCUGCAGAAAAGAAGCUGAAGAAGAAGAAGGAGGAGGCCAACAGCGCAAGUGAAGCCAAGCAGAAUGGCGGCGAAGCCAAGAUAAAAAAAAUCAAAAGCAAAAAGAACGAGGAGGCUUCCGAGGAGACUCCAACCUUGCAAAAUGACAAAAAGGUGAAAAAAAAGAAGCUGGACAAGAAUAAAGAACCAGACAAAGAAAAAGAGAGAGAGACAAAAAAGAAAGCCAAAAGUGUCCCCAAAAAGAAGAAAGCAGGUUCAGUCACAGACGACGACGACGAAGAGGACGAGGAAGACACUCCGAAAAAGAAAACCAAGAAAAAGACGACCAAAGACAGCUCGCCGUCCCCAAGUGUCGCCAGAGAAAAAAAAUCCAAAUCAAAAGAGUUCAAGGAUUCCGACGGAAAGGAGAAGAAGUCCAAGUCAAAAGAGAGAGACAAAAAGAAGGAAGCAGCGUCCCUGUUCCAGAUAAACGGCGACAAGGACUCGAAGAGCAAGAAGAAAGCGGCCGCCAAAUCGGAAAGUGACGACAGCGAAGAGGGGACCAAGUCGACAAAGUCCAAAAAGAAGUCCGCCGCCAGCUCCACGUCGUCUUUGUUCCAAACGUCAGGAGACAAAGACAAAGAAAAGAAGACUAAGAAGAAAGCAAAGGCAGAAGAGAGCGAUGAUUCUGAGUCAGAAAAAGAAGAAAAAUCCAAAAAGAAGAAAGGCAAAGGAAAGAAGAAGAAGGAGAGAGCGCCAUCACCAGAGAUUGAGUUUGACAACUUGGAAAAGUUUGUGAUGGAGCCGGCGCCUCAAGGCGCGACCGUCAAAUGCAGAGUGACUCGGGACCAGCGGGGGAUGGAUAAGAGCAUGUAUCCUCUUUACUACCUUCAUCUUGACAAUGAGAAGAAGACAUUUCUGUUGGCUGGCAGGAAGCGAAAGAAAAGCGCGACCUCCAAUUAUCUCAUCUCCAUUGACGCCACGGAUUUGUCGAGAGGUCACGAUAACUUUGUAGGAAAGCUGAGGUCAAAUUUAAUGGGCACCAAGUUCACUGUCUUUGACAAUGCUCUGAAUCCAGAAAAAGCCCUCCCAGAUAUGUCCAAUGCGCGGCAGGAGUUAGCAGCCAUCAUCUACGAAACAAAUGUGUUGGGGAUGAAGGGGCCCAGAAGGAUGGCAGUCAUCAUUCCGGGCAUGGACAAGCACAACGAGCGAGUACCCCUCCGACCCAGAAAUGACUAUGACGGCCUGUUGAUACGACACCAGAAUAGAAGGAUGGAGAAUCUGAUUGAGCUUCACAAUAAGACGCCUGUGUGGAACGAGGAAACGGCAUCGCAUGUGCUCAACUUCAACGGCAGGGUCACCCAGGCUUCCAUCAAGAACUUCCAGAUCGUCCACAGCAAAGACUUGGACUACAUCGUGAUGCAGUUUGGCCGAAUAGCCGACGACAUUUUCACCCUGGACUACAAGUACCCCAUGUGCGCAGUGCAGGCGUUCGCCAUCGCGCUCUCUAGCUUCGACGGGAAAAUCGCCUGUGAAUAAGUGGUAUUCGUUGCAUCUGAGGGCCGCAUGCGGUACACUCUCACACAAACACACGUCAGACCAACCCAGGCCUUUGGAUACCCCGUCAAACGUUCUCUCUUAAGCGAUCUGCGCUUUCAACAAAUGACAGCUGAGUGAAUGUGACAAUACCUGCUGCUGCUCUGCCGCCGUUCUCUAAGGCGUGUUGUUCCCUCCCCGCAGAAGUGCAAAAAAAAGAAAAAGAUGGGCUCACGCUGUCAUUUGAUCCGUCUUGGCACCUGGAGUGUCCCUUUUUGAUUCCAAUUGAAUUCAUUGGAAACAUUUUGUGUCAAUUUGCACGUCACUGACGAUUUUGAUCACGGGAAAGUUAAUCGCUAUCAUCAUCACAGCAUAGUUUUUUUUUUUGGGGGGGGGGGGUUUCAUUGUUACAAUGUAUUCGAUCGUUUAUGACAUGAAAAUUUGUAGCUGACGAAUUUAAAUACAGUAUGAACUAAAUGAAGUUGUGUUGCACAUGGAUACCCACACAAAAGUGCUGGUAUCCUUAGAAAAAAAAAAAAAAAAACACUUCUGUUAUGACUAUUAUUUGAUCAAAUGUGCAGAUGAUUGUUGUUCAGUAAAAAGCAUGUAAUGUAUCUCAACAUUUCCUUCUAGCUGGAAAAUGACGAAAAGAGCAGAUAAUAAUUUUAAAAAACUCAAACUUUUGAGCUACAGUGGAUAAAAAAGUUCUACACACCCCUUACUAGAACAGCUGAACUUUAUUUGGGGUUAAGUAGUGGUGGCAGUUGUGUGCUGAAACCCAUUCAGCAUGAGUUUGAAUGUGUUUGGUGAAUUCUGAACACAACCACAUCCCAGUUAUAAGAGGGUGUGCACACUUGCGCAACCAUGUUAUUUAAGUUAAUUUCAGAACGCCUUGUAAAUAUUUAUAGGUCACAGUAAUGGUGGAAAAAAAGUUCAUUUUUUUGUAUCACAAUAAUCUGGCAUUUGAACAGGGGUGAGGAGAAUUUGGACAUCGGCAAUUUUUUUGUUUCAUUCAUUUAGAUUUAUUUUUAACUCCAAUAUUACUAGUGCAAUUAUAUUUAUACUACAUACAAACUCUUUACCAAAGUGUGUGAAUAUUUAGUUUUCCUGUGGGUAGUUUUUAUUUUUCAUUCCUGUAAAUGUAGAUGUUGGUUUCCGACUGUAAAUUUUUUCAACAAUGUAUUUUGUUCCAUUUAUAAGUCUUCUACGAUAGUGUUUCUCAACCUUUAUUAAAACAAGGCACAUAUUUUGCAUGAGAAAAAUCUCACUGCACACCACCCAAAAACAAUGUCACAAUCAGUAAAUAUAUUGAAAUAACGAUGCUCUUGUCUCAUUUCAGUCACAAAUGGAUUCAGUGUGAAAUGUGGUCCUGUUGGCUUAGUUUAGCUAUUAUUCUGUUUUACGACUGGCAACAGGUGGCUACACAUCUUAAUUGUAUCUUUUGCCAUCUGGUGUAAGAGCAUUUAAUUGCUCUGCCUGUCACUAUACGUCUCGGGCAUAGAUGAACAAAUACACAAUAUUUGUAGUAAAUAAAAAUAAUUUUCGGCCCAGUUAAGUGAAACUGGCUGUGGCAAAGUGGUUGGGAAUCACUGUUGUACGGCAACUUUAUUUAAUAAAGUAUGUCAAUUCAA